GGUUCCUCCCUCUCCAGCAGCCAGACUGCCAGCCUGGUGUGGGAGCACCACCAUCCUUUGUACGGCAACAGGUAAACCCACACACGGGAGCUUCAGCGGCCGAGAGCGGGCGGAGUGUCGCGGCCGCCGGACCGAGCCGCUCUUGACCUUGUGUUCUGCGCCUGCUGCUGGGAGAUGUCUGAGAGCGAGCCAGUCUGAGUAGAGGACCUCCCCUCUGCCCGCACUCCCCACCUGCAGCCAUGAAUGGUGGAGCCAGUGUGUGGGCCAUCACUCCAGAGGAGAGAGGGAAACAUGAUAAACAGUUUGACUCCCUCACUCCCAUCCUCGGCUAUGUCUCAGGAGAGCAGGCCAGGAAAUUCUUCCUGCAGUCUGGUCUGCCUGCCCCCGUCCUGGCAGAGAUCUGGAACCUCGCUGACCUGGACAGUGAUGGCAAGAUGGAUAGACUAGAGUUCUCCAUUGCCAUGAAGCUAAUCAAACUCAAGCUUCAGGGGCGGGGCUUGCCCCCCUCUCUGCCAAUCAUAAUGAAGCAGCCUCCCAUCUGCAACCCCUCCUCAACCAUCACAUCGUCAUCACGCUUCGGAAUGGGUUCGAUGCCCAACCUGUCUGUCGGCAUGCAGCCCAUGUCAGCGAUGUCUGCCAUGCCCCUCCUGACGCCCAUCCCAGUCAACCCCCCCAUGCCCUCCAUGCAGCCGCUGGUGCCGACGCCGAUGACGCUGCCGCUCAUCACCACCCUGGGAAACUCAGCAGGACUGCCCAACGGCAAUGCCAACCUCCUCACCCCGUCCCCUGUUCCCAACACCACAGGCAUGUCCAAGGCCAGCUCUCUGUUAGACCUGGGAUCAAGCAGCUCCAACUCUUCGUCCACCACGUCAUUAGCCAGUAACUCUCCUAAGACCGGCUCGUGCGAUUGGGCCGUUCCACAGGCCUCGAGACUCAAGUACCGUCAGCAGUUCAAUACACUAGACAAGCUCAUGAGUGGCUACUUGUCAGGACCUCAGGUUAGAAACGCACUGAUGGCCUCCAACCUGACGCAGACUCAGCUCGCUACGAUCUGGACCCUAGCUGAUGUGGAUAAGGAUGGCCAGCUGAGAGCUGAUGAGUUCAUUCUGGCCAUGCACCUGGUGGACAUGGCCAAAACCGGCCGCCCUCUGCCCCUCUCACUGCCUCAAGACCUGGUGCCUCCCUCUUUCAGAGGAGGAGUGAAGUCCUGUGAGCUUGUUAACGGCACGGGGCCCUACAUAACUCCUGGUUUGAUAGAGACAACAGAGAUCGAACCUGUGCAAAAGACCAAGAGCAGCGUGUCCUUUGAGGACAAGCUGAAGGAGAACUUUGCGCGGGGCAGCGCCGAGCUGGAGAAACGGCGGCUGGCUCUGGAGGAGCAGCAGAGGAAGGAGCGGGAGAGGAGGGAGCGAGAGGAGAGGGAGGCUCAGGAGAAGAGGGAGAGGGAGGCCAGGGAGCAGGAGAACCGCAGGAGGCUGGAGGAGGAGCGGCGGCUGGAGAGGCAGAAGGAGAUGGAGAGGCAGCGGGAGGAGGAGAGACUGAGGGAGCUGGAGAGGAAGGAGGCGGCCAAGCAGGAGCUGGAGCGCAAGCGGAGGGAGGAGUGGGAGCGAGGGAAGAAAGAGGAGCUGGGCCGGAGGAGGGAAGGGGAGCAGGAAGAGAUCUCUCGGCUCAGGGCCAAAAAGAAGAGUCUGGAGCUGGAGCUGGAGGCUGUGGGCAACAAGCACAAGCAGAUCUCAGACCGUCUGCGCGAUGCCCAGAGCAAGAGACGGAUUCAGAAAGCAGAACUGGACCUUGUCAAUCAGAAGAGGGACGCUCGCAUCUCUGAGAUCAACACCCUGCAGCUCCAGUUUGAGGACUGGCAGAGGAAGCUCUCCCAGCUGGUCCCAGAGCAGCAGAGGCUGACGGAGAGGCUGCGCAGCAUUGGCCUCAACAGCCUCCCCUCCGCGACUUUGGCCUCUCUGAGCGGGACCGUGGCGGAGAAAGGCAUGACCUGCCGGAGGCUGAAGGACCAGCUGGACGCUCUGGAGAGGGAGACGACUGACAAGCUGGCCCAGAUGGAGCAGUACAACAAGGAGCUGAAGGAGCUGAGGGAGAAGCAGGGGAGGCAGCAGAGCGUCCUGGACGACCUGUACAGAAUCAAAGAGGAGAAGCUGCGAGAGCUGCAGAGACGGAGGGAGGAGGAGAGGGAGAGGAGGAGGAGGGAGGAAGAGGAGGCAGCCAGACAGGCAAAGCUGGAGGAGGAGAGGAGAGAGCAGGAGCGGAGGGAGCAGGAGAAGAGAGAGCGGGAGGAGGAGGAGGCGCGGCAGAGGAGGCUCCUGGAGGAGCAGAGGGCCAAACAGAGGGAGGAGGAGGAGAGGGAGGCCCAGGCCCGCCUCCGGGCAGCCCAAGAGAAAGCCCAAGAGGAGGAGGAGAGGAGACGGAGAGAGGAGGAGGAGAAGCGGAAGAGGGAGCAGGAGGAGGAGGAGGAGAGGAGGCGGACGGAGGAGGAGGAGAGACGGAGAGAACAGCAAGAGCGAGGAGGGCAGCAUCCGUCGCUGGCGGCUCCGCGAUCCUCCAACCUGACCACCUACAGGGCCCUGUACCCCUUCGUCGCCCGCAACGCCGACGAGUUGAGUCUAGACGCCGACUGUCUCAUAGAGGUGGACGAGAGCACGGUGGGCGAGCCUGGCUGGUUGUGUGGGAGUUACCAUGGAAACCGGGGCUGGUUCCCCCAGAGCUACGCAGAGAAAUGUCCGGCCCCGUCCGCCGCUGAAACUGCCCCAGGAGGACACGCGCUCGCCCCCUCCUGCCCACCGCAGCCUACCACAGGCAUCCCAGAUGGAGAGGUGACAGGCGACGGUGCCGUUCCUGCCCUGUCAGACCCUUUGCAGUCCUCCGCCCCUCUGCGGGCUCGCGCCGUCUCCUCAUGGUCGGCCACCGCGGACACCCAGCUCAACCUCGCCUCUGGCGCCGGUGACAUCAUCACCACGCUGCUAAGCUUCUCCCAGGGUGACAUCAUCAGCGUGCUGCAGCAACGAGAGGACUGGUGGUUGGGGCAGCUGAACGGGACGCAGGGGUGGUUCCCUAAAACUUAUGUCGCUUUGGAGGCGGGCGGCAAUACAGAUGCAGACGCGUUGGACAGCUCAGACUCGGCUCCGCUGGAGGAGUACGUGGCCUUGUACACCUACGAGAGCCCCGAGGCGGGCGACCUGACGUUUGUUGAGGGCGACGUUGUCAUGGUGACGGAGCGAGAGGGGGAGUGGUGGCGAGGGUGCAUAGGCGACCGGACGGGGGUGUUUCCCUCCAACUACGUCCGACCUGUUGAACCAGAGGUUACAAGGCCUGGAGGUCCAAACAGGAAGCCUGAGAUCGCCCAGGCGGUCACCGCCGCCACCAACCCAGGCGUGCACCAGCUGAGUCUGUCUCCAGGGCAACUGAUCGUGGUCCUGGCCAAGAACUCCACCGGCUGGUGGCUCGGGGAACUGCAGGCUCGAGGUAAGAAGCGUCAGAGAGGCUGGUUUCAUUCGUCCAACGUCAAACUCCUGGGUCCCUCCAGCGGCAAGUCCACUCCGGCUCCUCUGCCAGUGUGCCAAGUCAUCGCCAUGUACGACUACACGGCUGCCAAUCAGGAUGAGCUGAGCUUCUCCAAGGGUCAGCUGAUCAACAUCCUGGACAAAGCCAACCCGGACUGGUGGAAAGGAGAGGCCAACGGGGUCACAGGCCUGCUGCCCACCAACUACGUCAAGAUGACCACAGAGUCCGACCCCAGCCAGCAAUGUACAGUAGAUUCCUCAUCCAUGCCAGAGCAUGGUGAGAAGGACGGGUGUGCUGACCUCAUGACCCUGGACAGCAUGACCCCGCAGGAGAGGAAGAGGCAGGGUUAUAUUCAUGAGCUCAUCCAGACCGAGGAGACCUACCUGGAGGACCUGGAGCUGGUGCUGGAGGUUUUCUACAAACCCAUGUCGGAGUCGGGCCGUCUAACAGAGGCUGAGAUGGGCAUGAUCUUUGUUAACUGGAGGGAGCUGAUCAUGUGUAACACCAAACUCCUCAAGGCGCUGCGUGUGCGUAAAAAGACAGGUGGGGAGAACAUGCCGGUCCAGGUGAUCGGGGACCUGCUGGCCUCCGAGCUGGCCCACAUGCAGCCCUACAUCCGCUUCUGCUCCUGCCAGCUCAACGCCGCCGCCCUGCUGCAGAGCAAGACCCACAGCCAGCCAGACUUCAAAGACUUCCUCAAGAAGAUAGCCACUAACUACCGCUGUAAAGGAAUGCCACUGUCCAGCUUCCUGCUCAAGCCCAUGCAGAGAAUCACACGCUACCCCCUCCUUAUAAAGAAUAUCCUGGAGCACACCCCAGAGGGCCACGCGGACCGCGGCCCGCUGAGAGAAGCCCUGGAGCGGGCAGAGGAGCUGUGCUCGCAGGUCAACGAGGGGGUCAGGGAGAAGGAGAACUCAGACCGGCUGGAGUGGAUUCAGACCCACGUCCAGUGUGAGGGACUGAUAGAGCACUUGGUCUUCAACUCGCUCACUAACUGCCUCGGGCCUCGCAAAUUGCUCCACAGCGGCCGACUGCACAAAACCAAAAGCAGCAGGGAGCUGUGGGCUUUCCUCUUCAACGAUUUCCUCCUCCUCACACACAGCGCCAAGCCCUUCUCGUCCUCGGGAGCAGACAAGCUCUUCAGCCCUAAGACCAGCAUCCAGCUCAAGAUGUAUAAAACACCACUUUUUCUGAACGAGGUUCUGGUGAAAAUGCCGUCCGAUCCAUCCAGUGAUGAGCCACUGUUCCACGUCUCGCACAUCGACCGCGUCUACACACUCAAGACUGAGACUUUGAAUGAGAGGACAACGUGGGUCCAGAGAAUCAAAGCAGCAUCUGAACAUUUCAUAGAGACUGAGAAGAAAAAGAGAGAGAAGGCUUACCAAGCACGUUCUCUGAAGACCAGCGGUAUUGGUCGACUGCUGGUGACCGUCACCGAAGCCCAGGAACUGAAGGCCUGCAAGCCCAACGGUAAGAGUAACCCGUACUGUGAGCUGACCAUGGGGGCUCAGUGCUACACGUCCCGACCGAUCAGCGACACCCUCAACCCCAAGUGGAACUUCAACUGCCAGUUCUUCAUCAAGGAUCUCUAUCAGGACGUGCUGUGUAUCACCGUGUUCGAGAAAGACCAGUUCUCACCAGAUGAUUUCCUGGGUCGCACUGAAGUCCCGGUGGCAACCAUAAAGAAGGAGAUGGAGAGCAAAGGUGCUGCGAACCGUCGUCUACUACUGCAUGAAGUCCCUACUGGAGAAGUGUGGGUCAAACUAGACCUCCAGCUUUAUGAGCAGACCAAAUGAGGCGGAGGAACGCCUACGCCAAAGGCUCUCACAGGCACACAAACACACAUCUACACGCCUGGAAGUGCCUAUUUAUCCCACAGCAUGUGAUGCCAUGAUAAAGGUGUGGAUUCUGUUCUUACUGACUGCCAUGUCCUGCCCUGAGCCUGGCCGACCAGUUUAAGUGGCCUCUACUUUGAAGACCUUGCCAAAAAUGCAGAAUAAAAAGCUCAGUCUUAAAGUCUUAAAAGGUAGUAAUUUAUUGGCGAACAUGACAAUGUUGAGACAUGUGUGAGUUGAAAUGUCAAUAUAAUUGCCAAUACUUUCAUGUUCACCAUGAUAGAAACACAAGACAGUUUUCACAGCAACCAUUUGGACAUGAACUAGCAGACAAAUAGAGGUGUUGCUAAUGAUAUUAAUUGAGAAUCUGUUCCAUAUGUGGUCUGAUAAAGUCAGGGAACAGAAUCUCAGUUAAAAUCAUCAGUAACACCUCUGUUUACCUGCUAUUUCUUGUCAAAAUGGCUGCUGUGAAAAAGGUUUAUCAGACACAUGUGCCUUAACUGUUAACCAGAUAAAUCCCUUAAAUAUUUUGCUGUCACCUUUACAGAUAUGUCUACAUUACUGUUUCCCUCUUAAUGGUGGAAUGUGUCAAACAUUAUCUUCAUUUUAAUAUGAAUACAAGCCUCAAAUGCCUUGUUAAAUAUACAUAAACCAAAAUGAACUGUUGAGCUCUACUAUACAUAUCCUGGUGUGAACUAUCACACUACACAUCUGGACUGUUGCACACUAAUGUACAAUGUGAUGUACCAAGUUAACCUUAUGAUCCAGCCAUGAGGUGAGGUGUGCCUUUCAAAUCCUGGAAGUAGCAUGAAUAAAAUUCACAUAAAUCUAUUUUUUUUUGCACUAUG